AUGGUGAUCAACCAUCUUGAAAAGCUGUUUGUUACUAACGAUGCUGCCACAAUUAUUCGCGAAUUAGAAGUCGUUCAUCCAGCAGCAAAAUUAUUGGUAAUGGCGAGUCAGCAGCAAGAGCAAGAGCUACUACAAAAAGCUGAAUACUUAUUACGCAUGGGGCUUCAUCCAAGUGAAAUUGUGCAAGGUUAUGAACUUGCAAGGGACAAAGCAUUGGAAAUUUUGGAAGAUCAGAAAUCAAAAACGGAUCUUUUAAAAGCUGUCAAGACGGCCAUUGCUUCUAAACAAUAUGGAAAUGAAGAUUUACUUUCUGAUUUAGUUAUUGAUGCUGCGCUUUUAAUUAUGCCAAAAAAUCCUGCAAAUUUCAAUGUGGACAAUAUUCGUGUGGUUAAAAUAAUGGGUAGUAGUAUUUAUGAAAGUAAGGUGGUUAAUGGUAUGGUAUUUGGUCGUGAACCUGAGGGUGUUGUUCAUAAGGCGCAUAAGGCCAAAAUUGGAAUUUUUACUUGUUCUUUGGACAUUACACAAACUGAAACAAAAGGGACUGUUUUGAUUCACAGUGCACAAGAAAUGUUAAAUUUUACUAAAGGCGAAGAACAACAGAUGGAAAAGGCAAUCUUAAAUAUUUAUUAUUAUAAUUUCACUGAUGCUGGAAUAAAUGUCGUUGUCACUGGUUCUGGUGUAGGUGAAUUGGCCUUACAUUAUUUGAACCGGCUCAAUAUAAUGGUUGUAAAAGUUUUAUCAAAGUUUGAUUUACGUCGGUUGUGCCGAGUUGUUGGUGCUUCACCAUUGGCUAGAUUAGGCCCUCCUACUCCUGAAGAAAUGGGAUUCUGUGAUAUUGUCGAAACCGUUGAAAUAGGCGGUGAUAGAGUUACAGUUUUUAGACAAG